UGUCCCCGGCGGCGGUGCAGCAGGUGGCGGGGGUCAGGAAAUGCCAGGCUUGAGCCGCGGGUGACCGCCGCCUCCCAAAGGUCUGCCCCGCCCCGCGGCCCCGCCAUCCCCGCUGCGUGCACAGCCCCCUGCUGCCCUGCCUCACACCACGCACAUUCUAAACACACAGUAGUCACUUCAUUAGUGGCUCAGGUUUUGCUGUCCACACUUGAGCUGUGUGGUUUGGGUUCCAAGAGACAAGUUUUCCUGUUGCUGGAGUAAAGGCUCCAGCUGUUUCAGAGGCAAGGUCAUGGGGACAAGGCCCAUGGACAUGAGUGGGAACAGUGAGGGCAGGAAGGACAAGGGAAACAGCCAUGGGUCGCCCCUCAUGAAGCUGUCGGCCUACGUGCUUGCCCUGCGGCCAUGGUCCUUCAGCGCCUCUCUGAUGCCAGUGCUGCUGGGGAGCACGCUGGCAAGCAAGGCCACAGGGGACAUCAGCCUGGUGGCACUCUUCACCACGGCGCUCACAGCACUCUCGGUUCAUGCCGCUGGGAAUGUUGUCAACACUUACUUUGACUACAUCAAGGGCAUUGACAGCAAGAAGAGUGAUGACCGCACACUGGUGGAUCAACUACUCUCAAAGGAUGAGAUUGUGACACUGGGUGUGAUCCUCUAUUCGGCAGGAUGCGUUGGCUUUGUCAUCCUUACUAUGGUGACACCGGCCCGCCUGGAACACCUUGCCCUUGCCUACUUUGGGGGUCUCUCCAGCUCCUUCCUGUACACAGGUGGCGUUGGAUUCAAAUAUAUUGCACUCGGGGACGUGCUCAUCCUCAUCCAGUUUGGGCCGAUGACGGUGCUGUUCUCUUACAUGGUGCAGGUGGGCCACGUGCACUGGGCCACCAUCCUGUACGCAGUGCCACUUGCCCUCAACACCGAGGCCAUCCUGCACUCCAACAACACCAGGGACAUGGAGUCGGAUAAGCGGGCAGGCAUAGUCACGCUGUCCAUCCUCAUUGGCUCCACAGCCUCGGAGGUGCUGUACGCAGUGUUCCUCUUCGCUCCGUACACCAUGUUUGUGGUGUGGGGCAUUAAGUACAGCGUGAUGCUCUUCCUUCCCCUCAUCACCAUCCCUGAAGCUUUCCGGCUGGAACGCCACUUCAGAACAGUAAGCAAGGCCACUAUCCCCCAGAGGACUGCCAAGCUCAAUGCUUAUCUGGGCUUCCUUUAUGUGCUCGCGUGUGCCCUCUCGGACCCGGCCAAGCUGCCCUACAUUCUGGGAUGACGCACCGUUGUUCCCUUCCCUUGAGCUGUGUUCCUGUGCAUUAGUGGCAGUUUUUUUUAAUGACUGACGUGUGUGUGCGCUGUUUGGCCAUUUAUUUAUUGUAUUUUUAUAGUAAAGCAAACCUGAACUCAGAGCAGCUUUGGAAUACUACUGUAGUUUAGUUUGUGUAUGUGAUGGUGUGAUGAUCCAUGACCCUCCACCACCACCAGUUUCCUAGAAGCCAGACUGAGGCUCACGCACUGACUGUUGGUUGUGCAUUGAGGGGCCACCACCACUGCUCUCAGCCCAACACUGCAGCAGUCUCUCAACAUGGACUAUAAAUAAUUCAAGGUUUAAAAGAAUGGAACAAUACUCAGAAUAUAUGUGAAAUUACUAAUUCAAGGCUAACAACAUGAUUAAGAUUUUUUUAGUAACCUUGCCAGUCUUCUGUUACUUUUAGAUUAAGUAGCCCAGGUUUGUUUCACUGACAAAACAGAAUCUCAACAUCACCCAUUAACUUUUCACUGGCCUUUCACAUAAACUUUUCUUUUUAAAUACAGUAAAAGCUCAAGGCUGAGUAUUUUCCUGGAAUAUCAUUAGCAUUUGUGCAGUUGGAUUUCUUUGUGUGGAUAUUCAUCACAACCUGUGGUGUCAGAUUCUCAUUACCAAAGAUAAUGACAGUCUUUGGUCUCUAUACCUAAACUAAUAUUGAAAUCACACAUGAAAGCCUCAUGUGCCUUUUCAUUCCAAGGUACACACACUUGUAAAGCCAGAAAGGGCAAGUUCCAGGACAGGCAUGACCCACAUCUGUUUAUGGAAUGGUCUCACUAAUGAUUAUGGUAUAAUUAAACGAUGAAGAGGCUGGCAUGAUUUAAACAAGUCACUCAUCCUACAGACAGAUGGUUGAUUUCAGGGAAAAAUGAUUUUAAGGACAAUCUACUACAAAGUACAACAACCAUGAAUUCAGAAAUCUCUAAACCUGUGCUUCCCACAUUAAUAGACAACCAGUUCAGACAAUAAAGACCAUGUCAUUGUUGUCUGCUAAGAAUGCCACUAAUUAAGCUACUACUGAUGCUUGUCAUGAUGAGCUCUGAAUUUGGCCAAAAUAUAAUGUAUACUGUGACGUAUACUGUACUGGUGGGUGACUGGGAGGCUCUGCAAGAUGCUUGGCUCAUGUCUGUGAUGGCUCGAGUCCACAUUUUCAUAACAUGACAGGAGAGGCACCAUUAUUGUGGCCUUAGAAGAGCUGCAGAGUACAAGUUGCUAAGCUCAAAAAGAACAAUAUUUUACUUUUUUUUCCCCCUUAUUUUAGGUUAUUUUUCAGAAUCCCAUAGUGAAAUAGGGCACAUUUUCAUCAUCUAUCUAGAAAUAAGCAACAAAGAACCAGGUGUCUGUAGUGAUUCCACACAAAAAGAAAGAUAAAAGCCAUUUAAUUAAACAAAGUCCAUGGGUAAGGAUGCUGGAUCUCCCUAACCCAGUGCUACUCUCCAAAUACCAACAUAUUCCUUAGUACAGCUGCAGGCAAAAGUAUUAAUCCACCUAACUUUAAACUUUUGCCUAUUUGUGUGUGAAGGUCACAUGGGGUGGAAGGUGAAUGGCAAGGAAGGGAUGUGUAAAAAGGUGGAUUGAUUGUUUUGUCGGCAACUGAACACUGGAUCGAUUCAUUAAAUAUCUUGGAUCUCCAGUUUCCCUCCAGCACUUCUUUGCCCAUGUGUGCACGCCGUACUUAAUGGGAAGGACUUGCCUCCUCCAAGCAUUGAGUGAGCAGUGUUUCCUUUCUUUUAUUUUGUUUUGUUCCCCCCAAACACAGGUCAUUAAAAGCCUUGGAAUAAGGUGUAUAAAUGGAUUCUGGCAGCUCAUAGUGUAUUUUUCUUUCCGAUACUUAAAUACUUCAACUUAAAAUAACACAUACAAUCUACUAUCAGAUAAAUACAGUGCUAGUCCUAGGAGUAGUACAUACUAGGCUACUUGGUGUCCGUGGCAUUAGUGUAGUGCUACCGCUACAAGUACGUAGUGCUAACCCUCCCUUGGGCACACGCCAGGCAGCAGGGUAGAGGUGGUGGUGGUUUCAAUAAAAUUCCUGAAUGAAUAAGUUUUUCACUAAACCUCAAAGACAGGCAGACAAAAUAACCCCUUAAUUCUGACUGCCAGGACUGCAAUGAUUACUGUGGUACUACUUUGCUUAGUGAGCCAGCCAAAGUGCUUGCUCAUCCACUCUAAUGCAAAGUCAAUCUCAUCUGCUAAAGUUACAGAGCCCUGAGCAAUCUGGGUUUAUGGCUGGGAAGAGAACAACGACCUGAUCCCAGCCCAUGUCAAUCUCAUGAAGGCAUUUGACGCAGCUCAUCAUGAGGCACUCUGGGACAUUCUGUGGACCCAUGGGAUUCCUGCAAGGAUUAUUGACCUGAUGACUGACCUUUACUUCGGGACUGCAGUGCUGUGAAGUGUGGGGGAGGCCUGUUGCCAGCUUUAAUAAAAAUGCUACUAAGAGUAGCAAGACUUCUCCAUUCAAAAUUGACCCUCUUUUCUGUCCAUUAAAUUAUAUUUUCUUUAAAGGAGCAGUGCUUACGUGUUAUUUUCUUUUGACCUUAAGUUGCUUCCUUGU